AUGGAACCGAAGGAAAUUCUAUUAUUGUCAUUUUGUUCUAAACGAGUUCAGAAGUGUAUUAAGCAACAGUUUAGAAUUGAAUUCAAUAAAGGAUUUCGUAUCACUUGUGGUAUGAAUGAUCCCCGUAUGUAUCAUUGGCAAAAUGAAGACGAAAAAAGACUAGAAUUGAUAGUAGAUCAAAAAGAAAAUGAUAAAAAAGUGAUCAACUGGAAAUAUGUUUAUAGUUUGGACAGUUUGGAUCUGCUGAAAGAGUUCAAAUAUUUGGAAGAGAAGUAUUCCUAUGAGGCUUGCGAUAUCGACUUGAAAUCUGGAUUCAUUUUCGAAAUAAAUAGAUUAAGAUGUAAAUGCAGUAUUUCUUUCGAUCCAAAUUCUGCAAUUCCAACAUUAUAUUUUGAAAAAGAUCUGAUGAAGAAAUGGCCGAUGGAACUUCACAAAUAUUGUGUGGAACUAUUCCGGACAACUAGCGAGUUGGAAAUGAUAAUGAAUUUGAAAGAUUCCUCCGAUCUUCAUGAAUCUCAAACCACCAGUUCUGUAUUUACACAGUUCUCUCAAAAAUUUCAAACAAUUUGGGAAUAUCGUUUUGGACAAGGAUGCAGAUUUUUGAAUUUACCGUCGUUUUGGCCCAAUGAAUUGGACUGCUCGGACGCAUUCGACAUAGUCAGAGAAUCUGAUGGAUUUAUUGCCUCUGUGAAAGUGGAUUUUGGUAUCUUCUUCAUGUUUGUAUGGCAUUCUAGAUUUUCAUAA